GCGUGUGACGCCGAUGCAGCGUCCCGCGUCACCGUGUGUGUUUUUUUCACGUUUCCAGCGCUUCGGGGGUCGGCGGUCGGCGCGCUGACUGACAGCUCCGGACCGAAGUGACGUCAGUAAUGGCAGUCUCCAUCGUGACUCCGCCCACUGUUCUCCUGCUUCCACACUGAACACUGACUGGGUGGCUCCAGAUCCAGACCCGACCAAUCAGAAUGGGGGAUGGUGUGGAAGUCACGCCCCUCAUGGCCAACCCUCUGCCCCCUCUGACAACUAACCCCACCCACCCUACCAGACUGACCAAUCAGCUGCAGUAUCUGCUGAAAGUGGUUCUGAAGACUCUGUGGAAGCAUCAGUUUUCGUGGCCCUUCCAGGCUCCCGUAGACGCCAUCAAACUCCAGCUGCCCGACUAUUAUAAAAUCAUUAAGAACCCGAUGGACAUGGGGACGAUAAAGAAGAGGCUGGAGAACGGGUUCUACUGGAACGCCCAGGAGUGCAUUCAGGACUUUAACACCAUGUUCACCAACUGUUACAUCUACAACAAGCCGGGCGAUGACAUCGUGAUGAUGGCGGAGGGUCUGGAGAAGCUGUUUCUGCAGAAGAUCUCGGAGAUGCCCCAGGAGGAGGUGGAGAUCCCGUCGGCUCUGAGGGGCCGCGGCAGGGCCAGAGGGGACGCAGCCCCUCCCUCUCUCCCCACCAACUCCUCUGCUCCGAAGUCUCUCAGUAUCUCCGUUCCGUCUCUGACUGAAGUCGCCCCCUCCUCACUGGACCCCUCCUUCUCCAUCGACAGCCUGUCCAGCUCCAUGGCAACUGUCACCACCUCUGUUGUCACGACGAUGCCCAGCAGGGCUGUGCUUCAGAGUGCCAUGCCUAUCACCAAGCAGAAGAAGAGUCAGAAGAGGAAGGCUGACACCACCACCCCGACCGCCAGCGACCAGCUGGGCGAGUCGUCUCCCGGUGCGACUGAGCCCCGUCCGCGGCGGGAGAGCGGCCGGCCCAGGAGGGACGUGCCAGACUCCGGGGGUGCGGUGGGAGGUCAGACGGCGCCCCCUGGCCCACGGCUCCAUUACUGCAGGAGUCUGCUGAAGGAGAUAUUGGGCAAAAAACAUGUGGCCUACGCGUGGCCCUUCUACAGACCGGUGGACACCAAGGCUCUCGGUCUCCAUGACUACCACGAGAUCAUCAAACACCCCAUGGACCUCAGCACCAUCAAGGUGAAGCUGGAUAGUUGCCAGUAUCCAAAUGCUCAGGCUUUCGCUGCAGACGUUCGGCUGAUGUUCUCCAACUGCUACAAGUACAACCCUCCUGACCACGAUGUGGUGGCCAUGGCCCGCAAACUACAGGAAGUUUUUGAGAUGCAAUUUGCGAAGAUGCCUGAUGAGCCAGACGACAUGCCCCUUCCUCCUUCCCCCUCUCCAGCCCUCCACCAUCAGCAAAUCAAACAGCCCACACAGGCCCCACCCACCAGCCCCUCCUCCGAAGAAUCAGAAUCUUCAGACGAUGGCUUGGAUCAGGAACGCACUCAGAGAUUGGCUGAGCUUCAGGAACAGCUGAAGGCCCUCCACGAUCAGCUCGCUGCUCUGUCUCAGCCCCCAGCCUGCAAACCCAAGAAGAAGGAGAAAGAGAAAAAAGAGAAAAAGGAGAAGAUGAAAGAGAAGCACCGGAUGAAAACCAGUGGACCGCCUCCUCUGCUGGUGGACGAGCUUCUCACAGAGACCACGCCCACAUCGUUUCAGCCAAUCAGGAAGAACAAGAUUGCUAAGGACUCGAUCCCUCCGAAAAAGGCCAAGAAGCUUGAAGGGAAGGAUGUGAAGCCUGGACGCUCCUUGGCUGCCCCUUUGUUGACCACACCCUCUCUCGUCCCUUCGCUGGAGUUGGAGGAAGAGGCUUUGUCCCAGCAAGCUUCUGAAAAGCACAUGACUCUAGAGGAGAAGAGGCAGCUGAGCCUGGACAUUAACCGGUUGCCCGGCAACAAGCUGGGCCGUGUGGUCCACAUCAUUCAGUCACGCGAGCCGACACUGAAGAACACAAACCCGGACGAGAUAGAGAUCGAUUUCGAGAUGCUGAAACCCACAACGCUGCGAGAACUCGAGAGAUACGUCUCAGCCUGCCUCAAGAGGAAGAGGACAGCAGGUGAAAAGUCAAAUGUGAUUAAGAUAAAGACGGGCUCUUCAUCAGUAAGCACUGAGUCCAACUCUUCAGAAACUGAGGAACCUUCAACAGGGCUGGUCCCUAAGCAGAAGAGGAAGCCUUAUGCUGCUAAAGAGGUCAGAAGGUCAAAACGUCCAGGGGCCCCGCUUCCCCCCAGCACUCAGGCAGCAGUGGUUCAGUCCACUGCCCCGUUGUCUUACCUUCCCUCCACCACCCAGGCACUGCAGCCAUCCCAUCUCCUCGGAAACAGCUUUGACUCUCAGUUUGGCCCACCUUUAGCGCCGUCACACACACUCAAUGCAAACACACACACACCGGCUGAGACACACCCCUUCCUGAACCACAACCCAGCUCCGCUCCCCUCUCCAGCCCUCCACACCGCCUUGCCUCAGCAGCCCUCCCGGCCAACGAGCCACGCUGCCCCUCUCCCUCCAAAGUCUUCUCCUCUUCGUCUCUCUCUCCCUCCGAAGUCUUCUCCUCUUCCUGUCUCCCUCCCUCCGAAGUCCUCCCCUCUUCACCGCUCUCUUCCUCCAAAAUCCCCUCCUCUUCCUCUCUCGCUUCCUCCCGCCCCUCCCCUGCAGUCCUUAGCCCCUCUGGGUCCAUCUCUUUUGGGCCAGCUUUCUGCCCAGCCUCCCCAGGCCCUGCUGGAAGAUGAAGAAGACGACGCAGAAGAGACGCCACUUCCCCUCAGUCAGGUGCAGUUGUGUUUGCAGUCUCUUCAGGGUGACGUACAGUUGCACACCGACAGAGCACAAACGCAUUCGCUCUCCCGCUUGCCAGCUGUGCUGCAGCCGAGCUCAGUAGCAAGAACAUCUCAACAGUCAUCUCCACUGGGUACACUAAAGGAAAGCUCCUCCCCACUGAUGUCAGAGUUCCACUCGAUGGUACAUCACUCUCCUCCUGUCAGCUCACAACACAAUAAACGAGUUUUGGUGAAACAGGAUCGAUUGCGCUCGUCGCCCGUCAGUCCAUCUGAAGCUAAACCCAGCCGUAGUGGAGCUGACCUAAAAACUGUGGGGAGUUUAGGGAUCCGCUCAUCCAGUGUUCCAACUCUGCCCUCAUCUAUACAGGACAAAAUCAAACAUGAGGCGAAAACACCCAUUGCUCCAAAAAUGGAGAUGAAGGUGAAGAGUAUGGGUUCCUGGGCGAGUUUGGCCCAAAGACCUGCCUCCUCAUCCUCCUCCAGCUCCUCAUUGGCUCGUUCGUCCAGCGACAGUUUCGAACAGUUCCGCCGGGUGGCGCGGGAGAAAGAGGAGAGAGAGAAAGCGCUGCAAGCUGAGAGGGAGAGAGAGAGAGUACGCAGAGAGCACGACAAACUGCGUGAGGAGGUCUGUGAGGAAGUCCAUAAGGUCCAGUGCGAGUCUCUCACUCCUCCACAGCGGCCGAGUCAGACUCCACCACCCCAACCACAGGCCCAGCCCCGCUCCAACACGCCAACCACAGACCACCAGAGGGAGCUGUUACGUAGGAGAGAGCAGGAGAGGAGAAGGAGGGAGGCGAUGGCAGCAACGAUUGACAUGAACUUCCAGAGUGACCUGAUGGCUAUAUUUGAAGAGAACCUGUUCUGAGCUUCGGCCAGAAGAAGGGAGUGAAAGAGAGCUGUGUUCAGAAACUCGUCUUUUCCCUCAUAUCUCUCUAUCUCUAUCUCUUUCUCAUUUUCAUCCUUUUUUCAUUAAAGAAGGAAGCGAAAGACCUGCGUAUUCUUAA